AUGACCUUAUUGCCAUUGUUGUUGCUCCUGGCUGCUGCUCUGCCCCCAUCCCUUCUUCACAAUUCUCUUCAGAUUGAAAGUCUUGACGAUUUGUCAACUGCCAGAGAUUCAAUCCGAGAAGAGAUUGUAAACAAGCACAAUGAACUGAGAAAAAUGGUUUCUCCACCCGCUAGUGACUUACUAAUGAUGCAAUGGAGCAAUGAUGCCCAAGAGAAUGCACAGAAAUGGGCAAGCCAGUGCACUUUCCAACAUAGUCCUCGAGAAGACAGAAAAAUAAAAAACUUAGCAUGUGGUGAGAAUCUCUUCAUGUCAGAUUAUCUAACAUCAUGGUCUUCAGCAGUCCAACAAUGGUAUGAUGAAGUCCAUAGUUUCGACUUUGGUUCAGGCCCCACAUCAUCUUCAGCAGUAGUUGGACAUUAUACUCAGUUGGUAUGGAACACAUCUUACCUAGUUGCAUGUGGAAUUGCUGAGUGCCGUGAUCAAUCGUGGAGAUACCUCUACGUUUGUCAAUAUUGUCCUCCUGGUAAUUAUGUAAGAAGGAAAUACAUCCCUUACACAAUAGGAGAUCCAUGUGGCAGUUGUCCUAAUGACUGUGAAGAUGGACUGUGCACAAAUAGUUGUGGAUAUCAAGAUGAUUAUUCUAACUGUGGAGAUUUAAAGGCAUCAGUAACCUGUAAACAUCCAAUGGUGAAAGAACACUGCAAAGCUACAUGCAACUGUGAAGGCAAAAUUCACUAA